AUGGUACAGCUUUGUCCCAGACCUCACGAGCAAAAACCUGCUGCAUCCAAUUCUGCGCAAGGCCACAAGCGGAAAGAGUCCCUGUUGCAGCAGCCAAAUGGGACAGAUGCCGCUAUACGCCAACCUCCUACCCUUACACAAAUUUUAGAGAAGGACGAUGGGCCCCCAGAACCCUCCGUGGCCAGGCGGGCCUGCUCGUUUUCCGAUCUCCGGCACCUCUCUGGCGCCCACGACCCUGUCGUGCGCUUGGCGCGUAGAACGGCGUUGAGGAAGCCUGAGCAACGGAACUGGGAUGCCCUAGACCUUCCAAAAUCUGCGCAACGGGAUGAGCUUGCUAUACUACCGAUCCUCGACACGAGCACGGCUCAAUUGCUACAAGAAAGCAGGAGGGACUACAGCUUAUAUCGUGAUCAGUUGACGUUGGCAGAGAACCACCUUGAUUCUCUCAUCCAGGAUGCCAACAAAAGCCUCGCUCUUCUCACCACCCUCUCGACGUCCUUUGAGUCCGUCGAAGCACAAACUACGUCCUUCCAGGCUCGCUGCGAUGACCUCCUCAAGGACCAGUCUCGACUAGAAACCCUAGCGAGCGACGUAGGGACCAGUCUUUACUAUUACGCCUAUCUCGAUAAUGUUAGCAGACGCCUCAACGCGCCCGGCGCGAGUCGAUUAGCGGAGCAUGAAGACCUCGCAGAAGUGCUCGAUCAUCUAGAGAGCUGCAUAGAGUUCAUGACAGAACAUCCCAACUAUAGAGAUGCCGAAUCCUACUUGGCUCGGUACGAGGCUCUUUUAACGAAAGCAUUACAUCUUCUAGAGGUUGGGUUUUCUAAGCAUCUGGAGUCCGUUUCGCAAGACAUAGCGCGACAGCUCGGUUCCACACAAUCCGAAUCCACCAUAUAUGCUUUAGUAUAUGGUCGGUUUGAAGAAAUGGUGCUAGAUUCGUAUUCACUGAUCCCCAACGUCCGUAAAGUUAUUUCGAAGGUUUAUGAGGAAGACGGAAGGCCCAAGACCGGGACGGCCUCCGAGAUCUAUUUGAAUACGGCCAAGAAUAUCUUCCACUCCUAUCUUACGACCCGCGAUCGCGAUCUUCGGUUAUCCGCGCAGCGAGAGGUGGAGGCCUUUGAGAAGGAAGCCAAAACCCCUUCAAUAGAGACGGCUUGUCGUACCUAUACCAAGCAGUGUCUCGAAGGAGCUUACAACGAAGAUAACUUAUUGAACGCGAUAUUCGCGAUCGAUCCACUUCCGAGCACAUCCAGCGAGUCCGCCUUCCACGCCCUGCGAUCAGGGCAAAGGUGGUUGAUAACCCCUGCCAACCUCAAGCCCCUUGCCACUAGUGUGCAGGCGGCAUUCCAAACCACGGAGCUGCGGAUCUUGUGCAACUACUAUACGGCGUCGCUACUCUCGGAUUACUUGUGGGCUUUUGUGGAUUCUCGCUUCGAGGCGGAGACUACGGCGUCGAUUGCAAAGGCGGAAGUUCCAGCAACAACAGAAAAUGCCCACCAGGUCCUCAAGGUCGCGAUUGAGCUUCUUGCUAUGUUUGAUCAGUGCAUGCCAAAGGAGCGCUGUCAACAAAACAGUCCAGUUGUGUUCAAGAUUGUUCGCGAAACUAUCAAUGUGCUGCAGCGUGUUGAAGCAAAGAUCAAGGGCGGCAAGUCAGGGCUCGAUGCUGACUUGUUCAUGAUCAAGAACCUUCUCGUCCUCAAGAAUGAGCUCGUGUCUCUCGAAAUUGGAGACAUCCGUAGCGAAACAGCGCCCCUGCAGCAUUUCAGCCGGGUAUGGGAAACAGUGAGCCCUGGUAACUGGCUAGGCUUCUUCGGCAAUAUUGUAGGCGCGGGAUCCCUGUGGUCUCGUGGCGCGCCUGUAGUAACGGCCAAGACGCUCACGGUUGAGGACAUGAGUGAGCAGCUUGAUGAGCUACUUCGGCAGUCUAUCUACGCCUUCGCAAGGCAGUGGGCAGCGCAACUUAAUGCCGCUUCCAGCCGCGCGGCCGGCGCGCGCCCGAUCGGCAAGGUCCAGCAGGAUCUGGACCAGAAGUUGCAGGGUGUGUUUAGCGAUCAGCCCGAAGUCAGUGAGAAACUGAGAGAGGCAAUCGAUAUCAACGCGCAAGCCCUCAAUGAUGCAGAGGCCGAGAAGAAGGGAGCUAGGAGCAGGGCUGCUUUCAACAUCAAACGUCUCAUUGCCUGGCUGGGAGCCUCAUCGGCACGAAAUGUGGCGUACUAG